AUGUCUGAAGAGUCCAAAGCGCAACCCAUGACAGAAACAUCUCCCAAGCCACCUACGUCGGCAGUCUUCUCGAUGUUCGGAGGUAAAAAGGCCGAGAAGAAGGAGGAAACAACAGAAUCUACAGAGGAGACGAAGGACGAAGUUAAAGAGGUCAAAGAGACUAAGAAGGAUGAAGAAGAGGCCCCAGAGUCUCCUGAUGUGCAUUUCGAACCUGUAGUCACACUAGAAAAGGUAGACGUCAAAACCAUGGAAGAAAACGAAGAAGCGUUGUUCAAAGUAAGAGCUAAGUUAUUCAGAUUUGACCCGGAGAACAAAGAAUGGAAAGAAAGAGGUACUGGUGACAUCAAGUUCUUGCAGAACAAGGAGACCGAGAAGGUCAGACUUUUGAUGAGAAGGGACAAAACCUUGAAAGUUUGUGCCAACCAUUUCAUUUCCCCGGAGUACGUCCUGAAACCUAAUGUUGGCUCUGACAGAUCAUGGGUUUACUCAUGCACUGCCGAUGUUGCGGAGGGCGGUCCAGAGGCGUUCACCUUCGCCGUUAGAUUUGGUAACAAGGAGAACGCUGACAAGUUCAAGGCUGAAUUCGAAAAGGCACAGGCUAUCAAUAAGAAAUAA